AACUAUAAUAUUGAUUUCAAGAUAAGUAAUGAACGGGGUGAGUUAGAACUUGGGGUGGGUAUUGGUGUGAUUUCUGAAGUGUACACUUUAUUCUGGAAUGAACUUUCUAUUUCAGUGACCAUUGGGGAUAGGGAGAGGGUUCCUUUUGUUAGGCAUGACCAUUUUGUUGAAGAGUGGGAGUCGGUGAGAAGAAUACUUAUGAAGGGGUUUAAAUCAGUCUCCUAUUUCCCUACCUUUCUGUCCAACGCAUUUCUAUGCUACUGCCUCUUUGGGAACCAGGUUCCAGACUUCCAUUUUUAUUGAUUCAUUUUCAAAAUAUUUAUCACCACUGGAGGAAGAGUUUAUUCUAGAUGUUGUGAUUAAGAAUGACUGACUUCCAGAUGAUGAAGAUGAGCUCAAUGAUUUUCUUGAGAGAUAUCAGCGUAGGAAAGUGGUAAAUAAUAAAAAUAUUGGCAAAGUUACUCUUAAAAUUUCUAAGCAAGAAUUAGUCCAGAAACCACAUCUCAUAAUUGUUGCUUUACACCCUUUUUUAAAGCAAUUACCAAAGAACUCGCAGUUCCAAAGUAUUCCUGUCAUUAAGGCCUUUUAUGAUUCUCGUUAG